AUUUAGGAUUCACACUGGUGCUGGUUUAAUUAUCCCUGAAAUACAAAAUGAUGGGAAGGUUAAAGUAGAUAUGGGUCAACCUAUAUUAUUAGCACCUGAUGUUCCUACCAAGCUUCCAGCAAACCAUAAAGGGGCUGUUGUCAGGGCUGAAAUUCUUGUUGAUGGCAUAGGAUGGAAUGUGACAUGCGUCAGCAUGGGGAAUCCUCAUUGUGUCACUUUCAGCACAAAACAGGGUGAGCCUUUGCAGGUUGAAGACAUUAAGUUGGAAGAGGUUGGCCCAAAGUUUGAGCACCAUGAAAUGUUUCCUUCUCGUACUAACACAGAAUUUGUGCAAGUCUUCUCUCGUUCACACCUAAAGAUGAGAGUAUGGGAACGUGGCGCUGGAGCAACACUAGCUUGUGGAACUGGAGCUUGUGCAGUUGUAGUUGCAGCAGUUCUUGAGGGGCAUGCUGAGAGGAUCUGCACUGUUGAUUUGCCUGGUGGUCCUUUGGAGAUUGAAUGGAGGGAGGAGGACAACCACGUUUACAUGACUGGCCCAGCCGAGAAAGUGUUUUAUGGUUCCAUUCCUCUUUAGCAGUCCCCACUUUAAGGAUGCGGUGUUAUCUAAAUGUUUUUAGACUAAUGGAAGUAAGUUCUUGAAAACUUUUUUAAUUUAUAGAACUUAAAAGAAGCAAUUUGAGAACUGUUCUAUCAUUUUGUAAGGUUUGUUUAGGGAUGAGUUGUUGCUGUUUUGUUCUAUAGUUUAUACUAAAUAUCAGUAUUUUUUUUUUUGGGAAAUAGGCAUUAGCUUAAGAUUUUUUCCAUUA